AUGGUUGCCUCCACGAUGUCCAUCUGUUCCAGUGACCUGAGCUAUGAUAGCCGGGCCUGCCUGCCUGGCUCCUGUGAGUCUUGCUCUGAUUCCUGGCAGGUAGAUGACUGCCCAGAGAGCUGCUGUGAACCACCCUGCUGCACCUCCAGCUGCUGCCAGCCCAGCUGCUGCCAGCCCAGUUGUUGCAACACCAGCUGCUGUGCCCCAGCCUCCUGCCUGACCCUCAUUUGCACCCCAGUGAACUGCAUGUCCAGCCCAUGCUGCCAAUCAGGCUGUACCAGCUCUUGCGCACCUUUGUGCUGCCAGCAAUCUAGCUGCCAGCCGACUUGCUGCUCCUCAUCGUGCCAGCCAUCCUGCUGUGUGCCCGCUUGCUGCACACCCGUCUGCUGCACGCCUGUCUGUUGCACACCUGUCUGCUCAGGCACCUCCUCCUCCUGCUGCCAGCAGUCUAGCUGCCAGCCUGCUUGCAGCUCCUGCUCCCCCUGCCAGCCAUCUUGCUGCAUACCUGUCUGCUGCAAGCCCAUUUGCUUCAAGCCUGUCUGCUGCACGCCCUCCUGCUCCUCUGUGUCCCUGCUCUGCCGGCCUGUGUGCAGACCCACCUGCUGUGUGCCCACCUCCUCCUGCUGUGUCUCCUCCUGCCAGCCCAGCUGCUGUGGCCCAUCCUCCAGUGUAUCUCUGCUCUGCCGCCCUGCUUGUCCCCGCCCGGCCUGUUGUGGUGUCUCCUUGGGACAGAAGUCCUGUUGCUGA